AAGCAUUAUGAGUCAAUGAAUCAACGUUUCCUAUUCUCACUCACCUCUCAUCUACGACGCACUUUCUUCUCUUCAUCUACAGUCCGUUGUAUCACUUCUCGUCCCAGAAUGUCUCAGCCAGCGUGGGCGCAACCCACCGGCUCAACACAUCAACCGCAGCUAAAAGUCUACAAUUCUUUGACCAAAUCAAAAGUCCCAUUUGUUCCCCUUGUACCCGAGACCAUCUCAUGGUAUUCCUGCGGUCCGACAGUUUACGACGACGCCCAUUUGGGUCAUGCCAGAAACUAUGUCACCACAGACAUCAUUCGGCGCAUCCUACGAGACUACUUUGGUUUCAAAGUCCGAUUCGUUAUGAAUAUUACCGAUGUCGAUGACAAGAUCAUUCUGCGGGGAAGGCAACGCCAUCUCUAUGAAGAGUACAAAACAAAACACAGGUACAUUGAUGAUCAGGUGCGUCAGAAUGUUCGACAAGCCUGGCUCUACUACAUCCAGAAAAACCUGAAGCGCAUUAAUCCCAAGACCCUCCUUACCCCCGAGACGCUAGACGACGUGGUUGAUGCUGCAUAUGGAGAUGUCCUGGCGGGCGCUCCUCUAGAGCAAGGAACCAAACCAGGUGACAGGGAGGCCAAGAUCAAGAUGCACAUCAAUACUGUCAGAAGCACCGCCAAAGCACUGCUCCAGGAUCCCAAACUUUUGACUCCACACGAAUUCUACGCCCGAGUCGCCGAUCCAAUGUGCCUGGUGCUGGAUGAACAGCUGGGAAACACUAUCCGCGGAGAUGACUACGCCGUUUUCACAAAAUUAACAAAAGAAUACGAGGCUCGAUUCUUCCAAGACAUGCACGAUCUGAAUGUCCUCGACCCCGACGAUCUUGUUCGUGUCACGGAACAUGGCAAGGAGAUUGCAGAAUUCGUCAAGAAAAUUGCCGACAACAAGCUGGCCUACAGGACUACUGACGGCUCCGUUUACUUCGAUAUCAACGCCUUUGAGGCGGCCGGCUUCCCCUACGCUAGGCUCGAACCGUGGAAUCGAAAUGAUAAAGAACUACAGGCGGAUGGCGAGGGCGCGCUCUCUCAAAAAGAUGGGAGCGUUAAGAGGUCCGAUGCUGAUUUUGCUCUCUGGAAAGCCUCCAAACCCGGCGAGCCAAGCUGGGACAGUGAGUGGGGUCCUGGUCGGCCUGGCUGGCACAUUGAGUGCUCAGCGAUGGCUUCAGGCAAGCUGGGUCAACAGAUGGACAUUCACUCUGGCGGGAUCGAUCUGGCUUUCCCGCAUCAUGACAACGAGUUGGCUCAGAGUGAAGCUUUUUGGGCGGAUGGUAGCCAUCGACAGUGGGUCAACUACUUCCUUCACAUGGGACAUUUGUCGAUAGCCGGCUCCAAGAUGUCAAAGUCGUUGAAAAACUUUACUACUAUUCGCGAAGCUCUGCACGUUCGCAAAGAGUGGACAGCUCGAAGCCUCCGAAUUGUGUUCUUACUCGGCAAUUGGAAAGACGGCAUAGAAAUCACCGAUGACAUGGUAGUAGAAGGACGAGGCUGGGAGGACCGCGUGGAUAACUUUUUCCUCAACGUCAUCGAAAGUAUCAAUAGCACAGAAGCUGCCCAUAACGAAAAAGGUGCCCUUGAUCAAGUCCUCGAAGAAGCGCAAGAAAAGGUCCAUACGGCGUUUUUGGACUCAUUCAACACUCCGCUGGCGAUGAGUGCCAUCUCAUCCUUGAUCAACACCUACAACAGCACCAAAAAGAUCGAUCUUACCCACGCCGAUCACGUCAAUACUGCGAGAUUUGUCACUAGAUUUGUCAACAUUCUCGGUCUCAAUGGUGAUGCGGCGGCGAACUCGACACAGGUUGGCUGGAGGGGCAUUGACAUUCCUGAAGCGGCCAAGGAGUAUGUCUAUCCGCUGGCAAGGGUACGUGAUGAGCUCCGAACGGCUGCCAUUGCCAAGUCCAUCACGCCGGAGAUUGUGCAAGAAAUUGUAUCGACCACAUCCUCUGGGGUCGAAGAAGCGGCGUCUAGUGGGCGACCAAGGCCAUCGUACGCGCGAACUCUGAGUGAGUUCAACCGCAGUGCUCUCCACGUGGCUUCCGUCGCAGAGCAGAACGAGCUUAAUAAGAAAAUCUUGGCUCUCUGCGAUCGAGUGCGCGACGUCGACCUGUGGCAACUGGACAUUUACCUUGAGGACCGAGAGAAUGCACCGGCGCUGGUUCGACCAGUGACAGAGGGUCUACGGGUGGCUCGACGGGAACGCGAGGAUAAGUUUCGGCAGAAGGAAGAGGCUAAAAAGAAGCGGGAGCAAGAGGCAUUGGAUAAGCUUAACAAGGGCCGAGUGUCUCCGCGAGACAUGUUUAAGCCACCCCAUUCCAACGACUAUUCGGAAUGGGAUGGAGAUGGGGUACCAACCGUCGGCAGCGACGGCAGCGCACUGACCGCGAGUAAGGUCAAGAGGUUGAAGAAGGAGUGGGAGAACCAGCGCAAAGCACAUGAAAAGUAUUUGGCCGCCACGAGCAACGGCGGACCAAGUACAGGUCCUGGGACAGGCCUUGAUACUCCCAGUUCAGUGUCGACACCAGUUGGUUGAAUUGAAGUCACUCGGAGGAUAUAGGAGCACAUCAGGCCACUGUCGGCGUUGGCUCCAGGCUGAGGACGUAUUUUGCAUUAUGAUUGAGACCUGGUGAACAAGAUAGAUACCCAUGUGUACUGAGUGACGAUUUCAGUCGACGACUGCCAGCCACCAAUUGAUAUUCUCGGUCCUCUA